GCUGAGUGAACCAGCCUCCUGACACUCCCCCCCCUUUCCCCCCUUGAGUACCACCCCUCCCCCCUACCCUUGUGACUUGAGCCACCACCACCACCACCACCGUCGGUCACACCCACACCCAGCUUCUCGCAGCAGCAGCAGCAAGAGUCAUAUAUGACCUAAAAAGUGCGCCAAGUGCUGUACUAAAACUCCUGACGACUACUACGACAAGGACAAGUAGCCGCCAUCAUGCCGCACAUCAAGCGGACCGUGGAGCCGGUGCUGGUGAGUCGGCGGCACGUGGACCCGGCCGUCCGAGAUGAGCUGGAGUGUAUGACCAACAACACGCUGGCCAACGUGAUCCGGGAGCUGAGCUCGCUGAGCCGGCACGCCGAGGACAUGUUCCGCGAGCUGACGCAGGAGACCACCAACGUGUUUCGUCGCGGCACCCAGCUCCAGCGACGCAUCGAGGACAUUCACGACAAGGUCACGCAGCUCAACCCCAACGUGGAUGUUUUAAACCUACAAGACAUCCACUUACAGAAGCCCUUCAAGAGCUCCAUAAAGCGAGAGCAGCAAGUUCUGUCGCGCCCCACGGUGCCCCGCGCCAUCUUGGAGGUGUAUGAGCGCUGCGACGCGCCGCCUGCCCUCGACAAACUGGACAAGUUCAGGGAGGAUGGCAAGAGCAGCAUGGCCUUCUACACAGACCCGAGCUACUUCGCCAAGCUGUGGGCCGAGGAGAUGGAGAAACACAUCAUGGAGAACAAGUCGGAGCUCAAAGUCAGACGCAAGAGGAGACCUCAUGAGACCAAGCAGAAGCCACAGGUACGACAGGCAGAGGCGAGGAACCGGGACAGGCAGAAGCAGAUGAAGGACGGUGCAGAGUUUGUGGAAUAUCAAAACCCGGCCGAGCUGCGGCAGAAAGUGGACUCUCUCAGCGAGGAGGCGCGGCGGAGGAAGGAGGAGGAGGUGGCCUACCAUCAACAGCAGCUGCAAUACCAUCGCGAGCAGCAGCAGAUGGAGCAGCGCAGGCAGUCACAGCGACAGCAACAGCACCAACAGCAACUACAGCAACAGCAGUACCAGCGGCAACAGCAGCAGCAGCAACAACAACAACAACAACAGCAGCAGCAACAACAGCGGGCGCUCCCGCCUCAGCAGCAGAUGUACGUGGACCAACAGAUCCCCAACUACGACCAGUCACAUCCGGCCGCCUACACGCAGGGCCCCAACGGCGAGAUGGACGGUGUCAGCGGCCAGAUGGACUACGACUACAACCACCAUCCGCCACCGCCACCUCCCUUCGCAGGACAACAGCAGAGAGUGUCAGCCUCCCCAGAGAAGAUUCCCAAUGGCGCUGUGGCUCACAGGAAGACGAUGGUCAGCCCACAAAACCGGCCGUCAGCACCGCCCCCUGCCCCCCCACCCCCAACUUCGCCCCCUGGCACGCGAGACAGUCUCCCGCCACCCCCGUCACCCCCUCCACUGGAUGUAAAUGUGAACGCAGCAGCCCAGGCUCAGCUAGACCGGCGCCAGGCUAGCGCCUCUCCGCAGGCCAGCCGUGUCAUGAGGACAGACUCACACCGGAGCUCCCCGAUACGCCAGGGCUCCAUGGGAACCAGAGCGGAUGCAGAUCUUCCACCCCCGCCCCCAUCCCCUCCCCUGGAGGGGGGACCGGCAGGUUUCGCUGCGGCCAACACUGCAGCAGGCUCUGUGGCCCUGCCCCCGCCACCCUCCCCUCCCCCCGUGGAGAACAGCUAUCAACACACCCGCCCCCUCCUCCUCCUCGCCGCUCCCCCGCGCGGCCUGCCUCCCUUCCAGCUGGACAACGGGGACAGUGUGUCCAUCUCCUCCGCCUCUACCUCCACGGGGCUGCCCUCAGGAACCGAACCCCAGCGGCCCGCGGCGGAGGCCAACCGCAGCGACCUCAUGGCUGAGAUCCGGAUGGUGGAUAAGAAGAAACAGCUGCGCCAGCGCGAGGUCAAAGAGCAGCAGCGUAAACAGGCGGCUCCCUCCGUGCCGGGCGCCCUGGACGUGCAGGCUCUCAUGGACAAGGCCAUCGAGAUGCGCCGCAAGGUCAUCGAGAUCAGCGACAGUGGCGGGGAGGAGAGCGACGACGACGACUGGGAUAACUCGGACUGAGCCGGAACGUCGACGCACCAGUUUCCUCCCCCCCUCCCUGGCUAUAUUUCUGUGUGUCAUGUUCUUCUGGGAUGGAGUUCGGGGGAUUUUUUUUUUUUUUUUUUCGGUGGGAGGGGGAAGUGCUUCUUUCUUUUUUUUCUUCUUUUUUUCAGAGGGGUGUGGAGUAGACUUCAUGCUAAGGGUUUGGGGAACUUUUUUUCCCACCUAUAUUAAACUUGUGUGUUUCUAACAAGGAUAUCUGGGAGUGAGGGUAGUACUAGUGAAGUUUUCUCUUAGGGUUUAUAUGUGGGGUUUUGUUCUUUAUCGUGUGUUUUACCUUGGAGAUUUCUAGAACAAAACAGAUAUUCUCUCUUAAGAGAAAAGUGGCAGAGAAGUGUGGUGUUUCAUAUUCUGACAGAGGCACGGUUUGUGUACUGUCAAGUUGGAAAAGUUCCUCCAGUGCCGCGUUGUAAGAGGCACUGUGUGGUCUAGUGUCCAAAGUGUGGCGGGAUGUGAGGUGCGGUGUGGAAUCUGAUUGGAAAACUUGGCUCUGCAGACCUGUCAAGUACUCCCAUAAAAUCGGAGCCAUCCAAUUAAAAAAAAAUUUAGCACAUAUAUAUAUGGAAAUAAGAAGCCCGAUUGGAUUUACAUUAAACCCAAUUUUUCCUUGAAUUUCAUUUCCACUGGUCGUAUGCAACUUAUCGUAAAUUAAUUGAAAAUGCACAGGUUUAUUUGCAACAACUCAUCGUAAAUAACGUGAUAAUACAGAUCUCUAUUCGCUUUUUUGAGGGUAUAUUUGUAACAUACAGUGUAACACGGAUAGGUUGAACAUAGAAGAUUUGAAAUUGCGCAUCUGUCGAACUGUGCCUGCGGUCGUAAUUAUUUUUUUUCCUUCUUUAUCUUUGUAAGAUAUUCCUUCGAACUACGGAUCCCUCGAACUACUGAGGCCAGUCCAGACGUAUUCGAACUAUACGUGUUAUACUUUUAGAUAUAAUUGCUAUGAUCGGUUUCUAACGUAAUCUGAACCAUGCUACGAUUUUGGAGACUCCUGAUUUUCUGGGGAGGUUUCUAAGAAAACUCCCUAUUUGUGGCUCUGGAGUGAGUGGUUGGCAGGUCUGCAGUGUGAAAUCUGACGACGGGGAAACUUGGGGUCUGCAAGCAAUUUUGUUUAUGUUGGUCAAACAAUGGACAACUGGAAAUUCGUAAUAAUAGCUCAUCCAUCAAUUCUUCAUGCACUGCGUUAAAUAAUCCCAUCAUUUUCUCUAUUCACUGCGUAAAAUAAUCCUAUUGCUUUUUUCCAUUCACUGCGUAAAAUAAUCCAUCGCUUAUCCCCAUACACUUCGUAAAAUAAUCCACCUCUUCACUGUGCAUUGUGGGAAAUAAUACCGUCAUUCUCUGUACACAAAGUUUUCAUCGUCGGAGUUUCUAAGAUCUGCUGCUUUUCCGUUUAUCCGGGUUUUUUUUACACCCUGAUAUAAAUCUGGAGAGUUACAGAGUGUACAGAUUUUGCUUUUUUGCUCUUCAUUUUGCUUCACUCUCUCUCCUCUCAUAAAUUGCAAGAGAGUGCUGCAGUAGUGCGGAAGACGUAGAAGAGUUCAUAGUAAGCGCGAUGGUUAAGUUAUUGAUUGAAAAGGGCUAAAUGGUUCAGUCAACAGCUGCUCGUAUUUCAUUUCAUAUGCUCAAACACACACACUUUUGUUCCAAAGAUUUUCUAUUCAUGCAUUCAACCGGGGGGGGGGUAUUGUUUCACACUAUGAAUUAGAAAGGGUAAAUAAAAGAGAAAUAAAAAUUAUUUAAAAAUUAUUGUAUAUUUUGUUAUUUCAGAGAGUGAAUUAGAAAGGGUAAAAGAGAAAAAAAAUGAGUUAACGAAUUAUUGUAUAUUUUAUUAGUUCAGGGAGCUGUGACGGAAACAACUGUGGGAGAAAGCUGCGAGGAUUCUUCUUUUUCUUUUCCUCCUCUUCCUUUUUUUUUUUUAAGUGUGUGUGAUAUGUUUCAGUUUUUGUGUGUGCUUUUUAGGUCUCUGUAGGCUGUCGCUUGAAAAGAGUGGACAUUUGCUGUGAAACUGCUUCGCCUUGGUGUGGAGGGUUGCAUGCUUCUCUGUAUGUCUUAUUGUGUGUGUGUGUGUGUGUGUGUGUUUGUUAUGUUGAUGCGUGAUAUCCGCUCAAAACAAAUGUAGUCGUUUGCUGAUCGGGGUUGGGGGAGGAGGGAUUGGGAGUAGUACCGUAGGGAUUGUGUGAUGUCAUGGAAUUUUCCGUUGGCUGCCUCCGUAUUGAGUCUUUGCUGUGGUGUUUGUGGUUGUGCAAAACAUGUGGUUGGUGGGUGAUUGGCGGUCGCUCCUUCUGGGGUAUGCUGCUCUCCAGUAACACCUCUAACCUUCGGCACUUAAAUGACUUAUUUGCAUUGCAAGUGCUGUAAAACUUUUAUUAAAGCUAAACAAAACCUGUUGGAGGUGGGAAAGGAAGGAAUUGCUUCAAAUGCCUUUGGCAGUAUUCUUGUCACUAUUGCUUAUUCUUCCUGCUUAUACUCGUGGGAAACUGUGGAUUAUGCUAAUCUUCGGCAUUUAUCUUAUUUACAUAUAUAUCUUAUAUAUAAUCUGACCUAUUUGUGUUACAAGUGCUGUAAAACUCUUACUUAAACGAA